UUUUUUGUAUUGCAGGCUGGCUGGCGACGGUGAUGCCCUUCUUGCUCGGAGAUGAAAGACAGUGCUUGCUACCCGGGGCGGCAGCGGUGGUGUGAUGGACUUUCAUGUGUCCGUUCCUGGCCCCUUCACCUACCUGGUGCACGAGCACGCCCGCUCCAUCCUGGCCAUACAGGAGCUUCAACACGAGGUGACAUCACUUCUGGAGUUCCGGGACAAUGUGCUGCAAGCUUUCCCUCAUUUACAGGCCAGAGCAUACCACUCUCUCACUCCCACCCAUGUCCAUGACCAUCCAUCUAGCCAGGCCUCCCAGCCUUUACAGGCUGUUCCUGCCACAAGGGGGGUGUCAUCCCCCAGCAAAUCGUCUGACGCCCCCCACCACGUGACCUCGGGUGAUGGGAGGCAGCAGCGCCCUAUGUCAUCUUCAGCUGGAGUGACCACCACUGGUAACAGUGGAAACAACAGUAGCAGCAGCAGUACUGGUGGCAAGUCACUCAGUGAGACGCAUAGCAGCUCAGCAGUGGCAGAUUCGGGGUUCAGCACAGAUAAGGCUGGAGGCAGUAUGGGCAAGAGCUCAUCUUCCUCAGCUGGCGACCAUCUAUCUGGAGUGGAGGAACAUCGUUGGACCUCUGUAGAACCAGAACUACCCCUUGGCUCUGCUGAAGAUGAACUGUUGCAGUUGCUUGAAGUCAUACAAAGAAAAGGAACUCGAUUACGAAAUGAAUUGGAACGGGCAGAACGUAUGGAACAAGAUAGAUUAAACCAGCAACCUCCACCAGGUAGCUCUGCAUCAGAUCCCCUUGCAUCCCCAAGACCACAUCCAGCAUAUAGAGAUUAUUGGCCACAUUCCCUGCCUGGGCCAAUAGGACACUAUCAUUCUCGUGGAGAUGUAUUAGCUCCACCUCCCCCACCUCCACCUGUUGGCAUGGCGAUGGAAGCAGAGGCAUGGGCGGCUGUGGAUCGCCUUCGCCAAGACCGUCAGUAUUUAGUUGGCAGAGUUAGUUGGGCAGAGGCUGAAGCUGCUGCGUCUCACCAACGUCUUCUUGAUCUCCAUGGGCAGCUUUUAGCUUUGGCAGGUGAUAAACGGCGUCUUGAAGAUCAAGUAAGGGCUCUCAGAUUUGAUCCACGACUUGAUCCUCGAGUAGAGUCUAGAGUUGACUAUGGCAAUGAUCUGAAUUUGCAGUUUGUUAAAACUAAUGGUGUUCGGCGGGAUGGUCCAGCAUCAACAGGUGGGAUUGUUCAUUCGGUGAUGGGGGGAGUAAAUACUGUUCACAUUGUGAGUGACAACACCACUGCCACAACCACUACAGCUAACUUCUCCAAACCUCGUCGAGUGCCUCCUGCUGUAACAGUUAGUGUUGCCAGUGGAGAUGGCACUGAAGAGUCUCAUUGUGCUGGACCAACUGCUAGAGGCCGCAUGAUCCGUAGUGCAUCAAGUGUACGCAUUAAUAGUGACAGAGAUAUUUUCCUGCCUAGGGUUCUCAAGGUGCCAAUUCGAGAUCGGACUCAGAGGCACUCAAACAAAGAAUACAAUACAGCUUCCAGUCAGAAAGAUAACAGCAGUAAAGAUCAGAAUGCAUGUUAUAAAGACCCUAGCUCCGCUAGUGAAAAUGUAAAUGUUAAGGAUUCAGCUUUUGCCUCGGCGACAGAUGCAGUCAAGAAAGGUAGUGACAGAGUAGUAAUUGAGAGAGAAAGAAGGGCUGGCAAGGCAGAUGGUGGUUUCAGUAUGCCUGUGAGCCUUCUGAAAGGUGCCCGUUUAAAGGUUCAGCCAAAUAAGCAACGCAUCUCUGCUAUUCUAAGGGAAAAAGAUGUGUUGGAACUGCAACGUCAACUUCUUACUACUGUGAUGGAAACUGAGGUUUUGAGGAAGCAAAUUGAGACAGCUAGUGAAGAGUGGGUGAGCAAAACAGCCGAGUGGGAAGCGGAACACAGACACACACAUUCCACCAUCAUAGCCUUGCGAGAGCAGAAUCUCAGCCUUAAGACACAACUUGAACACAGAGAGAGAACCGAGCAGAAAGACAUUGGAAUAAAUGUGUGUCCACUAAUGUUUAGUAUAUCCACCAUGACUGAAGGUGGUGAAGCCGAUUCUGCUGAGGCUGCCACUCAUACUGUUCAUCCUGGUCCAAAUAUAAAAUAUGAUGUUGUAGUGCAUCAAGAGGAAUCCAGACGAUCAGAGACCAAUAACAACUCUGUAAACUCAGCAUCAUCUGAGUCUGGAAAUCGCAAGGUACCAUUAGCGGUAGAGAAGCCUCCACGUCGAAGUCGAGAAACUCGGAGUGCAUCUACUGUUGGAACUCUGAAUGCCCAUGUUCCUUAUCAUGGUGGGGGAAACCUCUGUCAUCGGGAAUCGACUGGUUCAGAAGUUUCUGGAGGUAGAGAUUCAAUUGGACGUGGAGCUGGACCUCGUAGUAGACCCAACUUGGUUCACUCUGGCCGUGCCACUCCAACAGGCACUCCUCGCACGUCUCCUGCUCCUAGCAUAAAUUCCAGGGUGUGUACGACGAGGAUUUCACCUCAGGAAGGAGGUCGAGCCACUUCCUUGGGACGCAGCAAUAGUGGUGCCAAUAGCCGUGUGGUAAUAGGACGCCGGGACUCCAUCAAGACCACUCAAACAAAUGUCAAAGGAAAUGGAAAGAGCAGUCCUGGGGUGGGUGGCCAGCACAAGGCUUCCCCGGCAUGCUGCAGUGACCAAAGCAUUAUCAGCAAGUCAAGCACAGUGAUGAGUUCAGAUUGUUCCAGCCAGCAGCUCUUCUUCCUCAACUCAAGCUUAGAUUUUUCAAGUUCCCCAUUGAAUCUCUCUGACCUACAAAGUUCUUCCCCAGCAACCUCUUAUGACUCUGCCACUCCUAAGAAAAUAUUUACUGCAAAUGGUCAAAAGAAAUUAAGAAAUUUCUCUUGGAAUGUUAACAAGGCUGCUCAGAGAAGGUUGAGCACUGGCUGUCUUUACAAUGAAGAUUUAAAUGAUGUAACCAAUAUAAAUGUAAGUGAUUCAAAAUUGUCAUAUGCUGGUGGGAAGACAAGCCUCAAAUGUGAAAAUGAAAGCAGUACUGCCUCCUCUGAGCUGAGAUUGUCUAACCUUAAGAGUGGUUCUAAUUCAUCAUCUCUUGGAUCUGGUAGUAGCUUUUAUGAUAGCAUCAACACAGAUGCUGAAAAUAUGGGCAGUGGUAAUAAAUUGAUGCAUGUAGAAGUAGCCUUUGAGUGGAACCCCAUACCAUCACAGAAGAUCCAAUAUCUUCCUCCUGCUGGUCACGUGUGGACUCCAGCUCACAUGCUGAGUUCAGACAAGCACCUGCCCCCUGUUACUAGUAUCUUGCAUAGGUGGCCAACCCCAACAAAGAUUCCUAUUGUGCAUCCCCAUGGAGAUUCUUUCAAAAGAAAGAAAGGCAGCCUUAGUGAAAAGAUACCAAAAUGUGUUGAUAGAGAGAGCAAUGCACAGCAGUGGAUGGCUGAUUCUUUGGAGGAUGAAAAUCAGGGCUUUGAUGCCAUAGGAAAGAUGAAGGGCAAGUUAAGAGUAAUGAAUGGUGCUGUGCGAGUUAAAAGUGUUGAUCGUCCAUCUGUGCUCUCUAUGGUUCAAGAAACUUCUAGUUCAUAUUCAGAGUCAACACUAGGAAGAAAUAUGAUUAGCAGUCCAAAGUCUUCAACAAAUAUUCAAGCAAACAAAGUAAGUGAAAGCUGUGACAAAAGAACAUCUGACUUGGAUGGGUCACGGAUGCACCUAGGACAACCCCGAGCAUCAUUGUUGAAGGAAGGUGGCUCUCCAGCAAGGUAUACUGAUACUGAUGAUCUGAAUUCACGUGUUCACCAGAUUUUGGCACGCAUUGCAGGAAGUGCCCAGUAAUGAAAAGUUUUGUUACACUAUUUUAUCAUAUUCACAUAAUCUCUGCUGAUUACAAAAUAUUUGAUGUAAUAAGAACUACAAAAAUUAUUCAGGUAGGUUCUUAAUCAAAUAUUACUUUUUAUGAGCUAUUGGUAUUAUAUAUUUUAUUUUAAUAACUUUAUGACUGGUCUCAGUUAUAUAUACCCCUAAGCUUUAAGAAUAGUGGAUUGUUACUAUAGUUAUGGGGGUAAUAUCUGAGAAUUUUAACUCCUUUUAACUAUGUUGUUAUGAAUUUUUGUUAUAAUGGAAUUACUUAGGAUUGGGCAUUUUUCCUUAACUUAUUUGCUAUGUAUUAUAUUUUCUUUUCUACUUUUGCCCAUGUACUCAUAUUGUGAUAGGAGUAUAUUCAUUCCAUGCCUCAUAUGUGAGUCAUAUUGUGUUGAAGGUCUUUACUCACUAAGGUACUUGACGUUUUAGCCGGGUACCUGAGCUCGCAGCUAUGCCAAAGUGCUUUGACAAAUUAAGCAACCAUUGCUGAGACAGUCAUGUAUUUUUCUGCAUGCAUAAUUGCAGGCAUGAUAUUAUACAGAUUACAUAGUAUGUACAUUUUCCUGGGUGGAGAUGAUCUGUUGUAAAUACUUCUGGGUUGUUUUAUAUAGUGUUUCCUAUGGCAUGUUAUGCAAUUCCAGAAUGUUAGUCUCCCAGGUGAUCUUCCCUUCCUCUGGAUUGCACUUUUCAAGUGGAGAUUAAGAUGCUCAUUGAGUCUGAAAGAGAAUGUGAUUGAGGUGUAGGUUUACUCUUAAAGAAUUGCAGUUAUAAGUAAAUACACUAAUUAUGAAGAGAUUUCAUAGCUCUGCAUUAAUGAUGGAACAACACAUCUUUAGAAUAAGACACCAUUACCAAAAUUCUUUUUAACUCUUCAUUUUAUUUGAGCCAUGGUAUACUUAACUGUAGGCACGCAUAUUUUUUAUUUCUCUUAGUGGGAAUAUGACAAAGCUUUUAUCCUUGUUUACUGUGCCAGAGUCAGGUGAUAGAAUACAUGGUACUGUAUGAAUGUAACUAGUCACUAAAUUCGUCAUCCUUGAAAAAAAAAAAAAACUUGUUUACCUGGUAGGAAGGCACAUAAAUAAACACGAGCUUGUAUUCUACUGAGGUUUAAAAAAUUUCUUUGUGUAGUUUCAUACAGUAUAUAUAUGAUGUCCACACAUUUCUGGCAAGACAGCUAUUGAAUGAUUGAUGGUGAAUAUGUUUUCUUUCUUGGGUCACCAUAUCUUGGUGGGAAAUGGUCAGUGUACAGUAUCAGAAAAUAAACUGUGUUUGUGUAUUGUAUAAUAAAUAUAAAAUAAAUAACCACAUACUUUUGUUUACUUUUUAGUACAUUGGCCAUUUUCCACAAAGGUAUAGUGACCUUGCCAUCUUUCCAGAAAUGUGCUGACAUUACAAUUAGAAUAGCAGCGCUGUAUAGUCCUUGUGGCUUAGCGCUUCUUUUUGAUAAUAAUAAUACAAUUAGAAUAGCCUCUCUGACUGCAACAUCAUCACCCCUCUUUCGGAGUGUAGGCACUCUCCUUCCCACCUCCAAGCCUCAAGUCCAGCUAACUGGUUUCCCAGAAUCCCUUCUUAAAAGUCACCCUCCUCACACACUGACAGCAUGUCCAUUAAAAAGCACUUGUCUCUGUGCACUUUUGUCUAACAUGUUCACACAAGCCUGCUAAAAUUCGAAGCCUCUUGUACCUCAUACCUCUGACCAUUCCUUGGACAACCCUACCCUUCCUACCUUGCACCCCAGAUUUAUACACUCACUUGGUUAACCUGCUCUGCUUAUUCUUUCUAAGUUGUCAAGUCAUCUCAGGAAUCCCUCCUUCACUCUAUAUUAUGCCUUUAUUGCCCCACACACAGUCUUCUAAUUUUUACACUCCUAUUCUCUGCAUAAUGGUUUACAUCAGUACCAUCAACCUUCUCAUUGGAAUGUUUGAAGACUAUUAUACUCAGUUACAUUUGCCCUUUUGCCUCCAUUGAUAGAAAAUAAUUUCCACAGAACUCAACACUACACCUACUUUUAGUAUACCCCCUUCCCCCAUCUAGUUUGAUUCACCUUUUCUUUCAUACACCCCACAUAUUUUUUUUUUAAUACAUUGGCAGUCUCCCACUGAGCAGGGUGACCCAAAAAAGAAACACUUCCACCAUCAUACACAGAUAAUCACUGUCUUUGCAGAGGUGCCCAGAUAUGACAUAACAGUUUAGUUGUCACUCCAAAACAGGCAUUGUACUUCCCACCUCCAGGAUUCACGUCCAUCUAAUCAGUUUCCCUGAAUCCCUUCACAAAGUAUUACCCUGCUCACACUCCAACAGCUCGUCAAGCCCCAAAAACCCUUCUUCUUCUAACAUACUCGCAUAUGUCUGCUGCAUGUCCAGGCCCCUUGCACACAAAACCUCUUUUACCCCUCCAUGCUUUCCGGACAACCUCUACCCCUCCACUACAGAUUUAUACACCCUCCAAAUCAUUCUAUUUUGCUCCAUCCUCUCUAAAUGACCACUUAUAAAUGUAAAUUAUACCAUAAUGGUAUAUAAACAUGCAUCACUUAAGUCUUUUUUUAACUUAUAGUAUACAUUUUCUUCCAGUAUUUUAGGAUACAUGUAAGAAAUUAACUUCGAUGACAAUUGGUUGCAACUAGUGUAUUGUACUGUGUUAUGAAGCUAAAGCCAGUUAUGGCUUACAUGCUCAAGAGGGGUGAAAGGUCAGCAACAUGCUCAUUGUUGAUGUUAUUCUUAUGUUUCUACUAUGACUUGUAAUCCUAGACCUUGUACUGUAUAUUGUGCAAGAUGAAGCAAUGUAAAUUUUAUAUAAAGUAUUUGUAUGGACUCAUGAAAUUUAAACAGUCAUCUUGAGCAGCUCCUGAUAAGUGUUUAUUUAGUUAUAUUAAUGAUUUAAGACAUCUGCGUAAUGUUUUUGGUAAUGAAGUGUAUUUGGCAAUGUUUGUUUGCAUUAAAUCGCCAUAAAUUGUGCAUAAAUUGGGGAGAAGAGAACCUUGUAUCUUACAUAUAUAAAUACGUAAUGGUGUUAUUGACCCAUUAACGUCACUCUACCUACCACAACCCAAGUGAGUUGCCAAAGGUUGCUAUUUACAACAUUAUCCACUUUAAUUAUAUAUAUUCUAUAGUAUUUAUGAAAUUUUACUUAACAAUAAAGUGCUACCCAGGAUUUU